AAUUCUCGCUCCACCUCUCUAAAACUUUGAUCUAGAUCGCCUCUCUCUCUCUCUCUCUCUCUCUCUCUUCCCCAAAUCUUGGUGGGUGAUUUCGCUUUGAGUGGCCAUGAGCAACUCUCAAGAAUCGGUCCACAAGGUGAAUUUCGCACCGCCGCUAGGCUUUGCCGUCACCUUCAAGUCCCAUGCAAAGGAGACCCUCUUCCCCGAUGACCCGUUCAAGCAGUUCAAGAACGAGAAGCGGCCGAUCAGGAAGGCGGUGCAAUACUUUGUCCCGAUCUUCGAGUGGCUUCCCAAAUACAACCUCAAGCUUUUCCGGUACGACUUGCUCGCAGGCAUCACCAUCACCAGCCUCGCCAUACCCCAGGGCAUCAGCUACGCAAAGCUCGGCGACAUUCCACCUAUCGUUGGGCUGUAUACGAGCUUCGUACCACCGCUUAUAUACGCCAUCUUUGGGAGCUCGAAGCACAUAGCGAUCGGGACCGUGGCCGCUGCUUCAUUGCUUCUAGCCGCGACCAUUCAAGACAAAGUGUCCCCGGACGCUGACCCCAAAUUGUAUCUCAGCUUGGUCUUCACAGCCACGCUCUUCACCGGAAUCUUCCAGUCAGUCUUAGGGUUCUUAAGACUGGGGAUUGUUGUGGACUUCUUGUCGCACUCAACGAUCGUCGGCUUCAUGAGCGGGACUGCGAUUAUAAUAUGCCUGCAACAGUUGAAGGGCUUCUUUGGCCUGACUCGCUUCACCACCAAAACGGACGUGAUAUCUGUCUUGCAUGCCGUGUUCAAGAACCGAGACGAGUGGAGGUGGGAGUCCGCGGUUGUUGGCUUGAUCUUCCUCGCUUUUCUGCUUUUCACUCGAUACUUGAAGAAAAGGAACCCGAAACUAUUUUGGGUAUCGGCCAUAGCUCCAAUGGUGACCGUCAUCCUGGGAGGCCUCUUUGCCUAUCUAGCACAUGGGGAGAAACAUGGAAUCCAAAUCGUGGGUCAUUUGAAGAGGGGAAUCAAUCCUCUUUCCAUCAAAGAUUUGAACUUUGAAUCCCAAUAUCUGCCAGUCACUUUGAAAGCUGGAAUCAUCACAGGCAUCUUGGCUAUGGCUGAAGGGAUUGCCAUUGGAAGAAGCUUUGCCAUCUUGGAGAAUUAUCAGACUGAUGGAAACAAGGAGAUGAUUGCUUUUGGGAUGAUGAACAUUGUGGGGUCUUUAACUUCUUGCUACCUUACAACAGGGCCGUUCUCGAAGUCCGCAGUCAAUUUCAAUGCCGGUUGCAGGACAGCAAUGUCAAACAUCGUGAUGGCAAUAAGCAUGAUGUUGACUCUGAUCUUUUUAGCCCCUCUUUUUAGCUAUACACCUCUUGUGGCACUCUCCGCCAUUAUAAUGACUGCCAUGUUCGGGCUGAUCGAGUAUGACGAAGCGUAUCGCCUCUUCAAGGUUGACAAGUUCGAUUUCUGCAUUUGCAUGGCUGCCUUCUUUGGUGUCACUUUCAUCAGCAUGGACGUUGGCCUCAUGAUGUCGAUCGGAUUGGCAAUCCUCAGGGCCCUUCUGUAUGUGGCUAGGCCAGCGACAUGCAAGCUCGGGAACAUGCCAGAUUCAAGCCUUUACCGCGACAUCGAACAAUAUCCCGCAGCGACUGGGAUUCCUGGGAUCCUGGUCCUGAAGCUUGGCUCUCCCAUUUAUUUUGCCAAUUGCUCCUACUUGAAAGAAAGGAUAAUGAGGUGGAUCAGAGAUGAAGGCGACAUUACUAAUGCCAAAGUAAACGAGGUCGAGCAUCUUCUUCUGGAUAUUGGAGGAGUUUCGACAAUUGAUAUGACAGGCAUUGAGACACUACAAGAACUAAGAAAAAGCUUGGAAGUAAAUGGGAUCAGGUUUUUGCAGAUGGGCAUAGUGAAUCCUAGGAUGGGGGUUAUGGAGAAGAUGCUCCUGUCAGGGUUUGUGGACAAAGUGGGCAGAGAGUCUUUCUACUUGUCCGUCGACGAGGCAGUUGAGGCAUGUAGAUUCUGGCUCCAAGAAUCAACCGUUUCGAAGAACCACUUCUCCGUACAUUUAACCGAAGCAUGAUGAGCGAUGUGAUGUGGUGUUCUGUUCUUGUUUCCCCCAUUCCUAUUUCGCGUUAUCCGCUAUCCCGCAUAUGUAAAUAUAAUCAAUCGGGAAAAUGGUGUGGUUCUAGAUUGUAUGACGUUUCAAUCAAGAAAUUCGAUGAGAUUAGGGAAGAAGGAAGAUAGAGAGAGAUGAUUAGGCGUAUCCUAUCGUGUGUGGCUGGAAAUUUAAGGCAAUACAAAAUGUUGUCUGCUGCCCCCUUUUAAGCUACUCACGAUUUGCAUUAUCUUCACAUAGUCGUCUUUUUUUCCCACAUAAAUGUGCUCUCUUGCCAUUUUUCAGCCGAGAUUUCAGACAAAAGUUUUUGCACAUUUACAAA